AUGGCGCCUGAUGAGAAGAAGAAGGAUCCCAGGUCCUGGAGGGGACUUACACCUCCUCUGGCCGAAUGGAUCCUCGAUUUCGUCUCCAGUCAAGGCUUCCAGCGGAUGACGCCCGUCCAGGCGGCAUGUCUUCCGCAGUUCCUUGGACACAAGGAUGUUGUUGUUGAGGCCGUCACCGGCAGCGGCAAAACCCUCGCAUUCCUCCUUCCCCUGGUCCAGAAACUCAUGCGCCUCCAAGAGCCCACGAAGCGCGGCCAUGUCUUUGCAAUCAUCGUCUCUCCGACGCGCGAGCUUGCGAUUCAAAUCCAUACCGUCCUCCAGUCUCUCGUCGCCUUCCACCCGCCAUCCGCAGAGAUCCUGCCAUGCCUCAAGCAAGACGAUAAGCGCCCCGACACAGCAGUACCCGUAAUCGUACCUCAGCUCCUUGUCGGCGGCACGAAUACGACGCAGCAGGACCUCAGUUUCUUCGUCAGGCAUGCUCCUAACGUUCUCGUCUCGACGCCCGGCCGACUUGUAGAGCUCCUCGCCUCUCCCCACGUUCACUGCACACAAGCGACCUUUGAGCUCCUGAUUCUGGAUGAGGCGGACCGCCUGCUGGAUAUGGGUUUCAAGCAAGAUAUUCAGAGGGUUCUGUCCUACCUCCCGAAGCAAAGAAGAACGGGAUUAUUCAGUGCCUCGGUUUCUGAAGCGGUGUCUCAGAUCAUCACAAUCGGUCUGAGAAACCCCGUCAAGAUUGCAGUCAGAGUGAAGAGCUUGAGGGAUGGAGGAAUCAUCGAAGACAGGAAAACGCCUGUGAGUCUGCAAAUGGCAUACCUCACCACACCAGCAAGCCAAAAGCUCCCUGCGCUAUGCAAGCUGCUGGAGAAUCUCAACCCCCGGCCGCAACGAAGCAUUGUCUUCUUGUCAUCUUGCGCUGCAGUCGACUACUUCCAGCACGUCCUACCUACCAUCCUCCCCGAAGGCUUCACUCUUGUACCGUUACAUGGAAAACUCCCUCCCAAGGCGAGAGAGAAGAGUUUUGCCAAGUUCGUCAACUCAGUCUCGCCCUCUAUCCUCCUCUGCACAGAUGUCGCCGCCAGAGGUUUGGAUAUUCCGCAAGUAGACUUCGUCUGCCAAGUGGAUCCUCCCUCAGACCCCAAGGUCUUCAUUCACAGAAGCGGACGUGCUGGAAGAGCAGGCAGAAAGGGUCUUGCAGUUGUGUUCUUGCAACCCGGUCAUGAGGAGGACUAUGUUCCCUUCCUCGAGGUCCGGAAGACGCCAAUUUACCCCCUCACAAAACCUGAAGUCGUUGUUACGGAGGAGGAAGCCAACGAAGCCUCUGAGAAGUUCCGUGAAGUUCUGCGCAGCGACCGCGCCUUCAACGAUAAAGCCCAGAAAGCGUUCGUCAGCUGGGUGCGCAGCUACGGCGCCCAUCAAACGACCUCCAUUUUCCGCGUAAAGGACCUCGACUGGGCCGAUCUCGGCAAGGCCUGGGGUCUGCUGCGGCUCCCGCGCAUGCCCGAGACCAAGACCUGGGAGGGUGACAAGUGGCUCGGUAACAAGGGCUUCGACUGGGAUAACUAUACCUACAAGGACAAGACCCGAGAAGCGGCUCGACUGGCGGCGCUGGAAGCGGAGCGCAACGGCGAGAAGACCGCUGCUGCGGACGAGGCAAAGAGGAAGCGCAAGACAAACGAGGCAUGGAGCAAACAGAACGAGAGGGAUGACCUGCGGACUGAGCGCCGGGAGAAGAGGAGACGUAAGAAGGAGGCCGAGAGGAUGUCGACUAUGACGGAUGAGGAGAAGAUCAAGGCUAUGGAGUUGAAUGAGCUGAUUGCUGAGAUCAGGAAGAAGAAUCAAGCCAAGGCGGCCGGUGGGAAGGAAGAUGAGUUUGAAGGUUUUGAUGAUUAA